CGAUGGCUUCUCGUGAAGUCCUCUCUGCGUGUUCUAGUCGUCGUUUGAUUCUCGUCGGGUUCUUCUUUUGUUCGUGGGAAUUCGAUCGAUGGGUUGUUUUGCGAAUGCGGUCUGAGAGAUUAUGUCGAUCUGUAGCGGGAGGAGGAGGGGCUUUGGACUUUUCGGGGGUGCGCAGGGCGUGUCUGUGGGUGUUUUGCGAGAUGGGUUUUGGUUGUGGUAGGUUCAGUGCGAGUUUCUGGGCUUUGCAUGGCUGAUGCGUCGCGCGAUUCUCUGUAUCUGUCUCUGGAGACUUGCUUGCGUCGAGUUUUGCGAGGGGUGUUGUAUUUUCCUGGUUGCGGACAUGGGUUUUUUUUUUUUUUUUUUUUUUGUUGAUGUUUUCGUCUGUUGUGUUUACGCGCACGCUUGAUAGAGAUUCAGCAAUUGAGAAUUCGUAUGUUCGAGGUUUGUUUCUGCGGUUGUUUUGUUCGUUGGACCUUGUGAAAGUUCUUUGCUCUGUGUUGUUGUUGUUUUUUUUCUUUUACUGUCAAUUUGCUCCACAUGCCUGGUUUUUUGGGUUUUCCUUGCAUAAUUUUAGGUUUCAGUGUUUGUAUAUGCGGUGGAAGUCAUUGAGGAGUGCAUUCGAUUUGCCGGAGUGGAUAGGUUUCUAUGAUUGCGAUAUUUUUGCUUGGUUUACAUGCUUGAGUGGUGUUUUCUUCUACUUGAAACAGAGUGGAUCCAAAAUUUGUGAUGGCACGUUGAAUUUCAGUGGCGAUUGUUGCUUGGAUGGUUGAUAACGCCAGUUAUUUUCUGUGUCGCUUGUGCUUUUUUUGAUAUCUAUUAGGGUGACCCAUGGAGUUGACUAUGCUGGAUUCAAUGUAUUUUGAGCAAAGUGUCCUUGCUUUUCAGAGUUUGGCUGCUCUGAGUUUUUUAUUCUACUUUAAUGCAUAACAUUUGAUGAACUUCUGCUUUGAUGCUUAGCAUAAUGACAGCAUAAAUGGAUGAUGAUUGAAAAGAGCCAGGAGGAUUAAAAAAUAGUGAAAAGUGGACAAAACUUCUGAAAGCGACCCAGUCAUGGGCAUGGUCCAUGGGAUAGUAGAUUUCGCACCAUGCUCUAUCAGUUAUGGCUUGAGUCAAACUAAUUACAUCUGCUCAAAACUCAUAGUUACUGAAUCUUUGCAAGUCUCAGAUAUUUCUGGCUUUCAAACUAUUUAUAAGGAUGUGAGUUACAAUCUUAUUUAGUUCCAAAUGUCCCAAUCCGAAGUCUGAUUAGUCUGAAACAUGGACGCUGGAGAAUCUUGGAUAGUGUUUAAUUGUCAUGUAUGGGAUUAGUAUAUAGAGUUCGAUUAUCGUUUUCUAGAUUUUAGAGUCUCCUCUGAUAUAGAUGUGAAAAGGAUGCGGCAUUGUAUAUGCUUGAGAGGGAUGGGGAGAAAAGUGUCUGGAGUGGGAACCCCAGUUUUGCACUCAUUUAUGACAUUUUGGUAUAGCUGUAAGUUUUCAGAAUUUUAUGGUAUUAAUUAGUCACACAAUCCAUAUGUGUGUCAAGACAUUGGUAAGAUUCCAAGCUUAACAAUUUUUGGUUUGAAUAAAAUUCCUGUUUACUUUUCAUUCAGUUGCACACUCACCAGUUAAUUUUAUGGAGUGCUACUAAUUUUUGCAUCAUGGUAAUCAAGGAACUUAUAGGUUAGCAAAAAGAAAGAUAAUAAUAAUUCGGCAUUAGUGAAUACUGUUCCUCAAGCUAGUUUCAUCAUUACAUUAAUAGUUGCAGGCUGUGGUUUGGCCAACAGUAGUUGCAUCACUAGCAUCAAUUAGGAAUUUACAUGUCAUGCUUCCAAAGAAUGGACACUAGAUGAGGAUCUUGCUGCAUUAUGGUAUAUGCUUUAGAGACCACAUGCAGAAUUGUCCCAGUUAUCUGGAAAUUAAUAUGCUUUCCAGUUGGGUUUGUAUAUCAGUCAAAAGGUGAGUAAUUCAGAUAGGAGGCGAUGUUUGGGCCAUUGACAUAUGUGUUGAAAAUUCUAUACGUAGAUUUAGAUACUCAUUUAAAGUGCAUUAGUUUACAGUCAUGAUGGUAUGUUCAAUGGCUUUGGUUUGAACUUUGAAGUAACUAGAAUUCUAAAUGUUCAUUGAGAGGCAUUUGAGGCUUUUUUUUGUUAUGGAUAUGAAGGUGUACUUUGGAAUCUGUCUUUUGGGAAUCUUGCAUCUACCAAAAAAAGAUUGCUGAGAUGGAAGCUCGGAGUGGUGAAAGUGGACAUAUAAUUGAAGUUUGUGGGGAAGUGCCAGCAGAAACAGGCGCAGGCAGGAUGAAAAUUUGUGGUGAGGCACCCUGUGGAUUUAAAGAUUCUAGUGCCAGUUCUCAAGAUGAAAAGGAGCGGUCAGCAUCUAUGAGGAAACUUUUGGUGGCAGUUGUCCUCUGCAUAGUAUUCAUGGCUGUAGAGGUUGUUGGAGGCAUCAAAGCAAACAGUCUAGCAAUUCUAACAGAUGCAGCUCAUCUAUUGUCAGACGUUGCUGCAUUUGCUAUAUCCUUAUUCUCUCUGUGGGCUUCAGGAUGGGAGGCAACACCUCGCCAAUCCUAUGGUUUCUUCAGGAUUGAGAUUCUUGGUGCUCUCGUGUCUAUUCAAAUGAUAUGGCUUCUUGCUGGGAUUCUCGUAUAUGAAGCCAUCGAAAGGCUGAUCCAUGAUACAGGUGAAGUUCGGGGUUUUCUAAUGUUUCUUGUUUCUGCCUUUGGUUUAGUGGUUAAUAUUGCCAUGGCACUCUUGCUGGGUCAUGGCCACGGUCACGACCAUGGUCAUGGUCACGGUCACGGUCACGGUCACAGUCACGGCCAUGGUCACGAACAUGGUCACGGUCACAGUCAAGGCCAUGAUCACGAUCACUGGCAUAGUGGAGAUGGUCAUGACCAUGGAAGCCAUGACCAUAAUGACGAGGAUCAUGCUGGACAUAACCCAAAACCCCAAGUCACAGCUGAUGCACAUCACCACCAUCAUGAUAAAGAAUUUCUGGAACAUCAUCAUGAGCAUGAUCAUCAUCAUGGCCAUGAAACAGAUCUUACAGAGCCAUUGGUCAAGGCUUGCUGUGAUAUCAAUAACGAGAAAGAGAGUGGGCCGAAACAGAAGAAGCAAUGGAAUAUUAAUGUACAGGGUGCUUAUCUUCAUGUGCUAGGAGAUUCGAUUCAGAGUGUUGGUGUGAUGAUUGGUGGAGCGAUCAUAUGGUAUAAGCCCGAGUGGAAGAUCAUUGAUUUGAUAUGUACCCUAAUAUUCUCAGUGAUUGUGCUGGGCACUACAAUAAGAAUGCUUCGGAAUAUUUUGGAGGUUCUCAUGGAGAGCACACCGAGGGAGAUUGAUGCCACGAGGCUGUCACAGGGUCUGUGUGAGAUGGAUGAUGUGAUUGCAGUGCAUGAGUUGCACAUCUGGGCAAUAACAGUCGGGAAAGUCUUGCUGGCUUGCCAUGUUAAAAUAAAGCGUGAAGCCAAUGCGGACAUGGUGCUGAACAAGGUUGUUGACUUCAUCAGAAGAGAAUAUAACAUCAGCCAUGUCACUAUUCAGAUAGAGCGUGAGUAGAUGUUGAGCUAGUGAGAUGGCCCAUCUGUAGUUAGGCAUCGAUGCACUGAAUAUAUGUGGAGAUGUUUGAAGGAUCUGGUGAUUCAACUUUUCUCGAUCACAAAGAUGAUGAGCACUACACUAUGUUUCCUUGAGAAGCCAGCUGGAUCAACACUGAGGUUAAAUUUCAUCUCUUAAUUGUCCAGUGGACAUGAAACCUUUCACCAUGUAUAAAAGGCAGUGUGCACGGCCCUUGUUCGCAACUUUUGGACAUGCUACCCAUGCUUUUAUAUUUGCCUGUGUUAAUUGAUCUCGAGUAGAUGUUUAGCAUAUGCUGAAUCAGCGCUGGGAUGCGAAUUGCGAUUGCAGCCUGGACUCUUUUUCUCUCGCUAGGUAGAAUAUUUAACAACGGAGUGAGCAUCCUAAAUGGAAUGGAUCGUAUUAGUCAUUUUUCCUUUUGGGGUGCAUAUUCGACAUUGGAGUCAAAUGAAUUUGGAUUGCCACAAAAUUUCUGCACACUAGCUCAUACA